AACAGUGCUGCUCUUCCCCAUGGAAGCUUACUUGUGCUGCGGAGCAGCACCCGUUCCUCCCUCAUUACUGUCUGUGCGCGGCUCAUUUGUUUCACUUGGCAAAGGAUAUGCAAGAUAAAUGUGGCAUCUACCCUUCUACGAUGGAAAGCCAAACUCCUUGAGCUGUGACAUGCCCGGGUUCCAUCAACCGCAGACUAAAAUCAAGCUGUUCGAGAAUGAAGAGAAGACAGAAAAAGUGAAGGAGUCAGACCUGUCUUUCGCCAAGGACUGAUCUUUCUGUCACCUGGUCCACACUGAAUUCAUCCCUACUGCAAAUAUUGUGUACAAAUGCCAGGAAAAACACAUUACUCUCCAAGAAGGUAAAAUAGUUAAGAGGGGUAAGCUUUUAGGUCCUUUCCUUACAUCAAUUAGGACCCACUGCUUUGAUAUUAAAAUUUGCAUACUGGGAUAGUCAAAGGAGGUUAAUAAAGUAAAUUAGGCUCUAAUAACAUUAGUCCAGCGUCUGUCUCCAAACAGUACUUUCCCUUCAGCAAGAGCAGGGAGCAACAGCAGCAUUUGCACAAAUGCACACACAUACUCCCAACGUUUCUUACCUACUGUGGGGAUUUCCUGACGUACUCACAGACACUUAGGACCAAGGAAUCUCAGGGAGGCACAGGCCUUUGUCUUAAAGCCCUGCUAUUCUAGCGCCCUACAGUCCUGGCCUCCUCCAGUACUUUGUGGCUGGGUUGGGUCCCACUGGGUAGCUCUAAACAAGGUAUUCAUAGUUAGGAACAGCCUUAUUUAGAACAGCCUUAUCUAUUAAUACAUAGCAUUUUAACAGUAAAACUUUAGUUUUCUUUUUCCUCCAUCUUCAGUUUCAUAGUCCAGUUCCAUGGUAUCAUGCAGGUAGGUUCUUAUUUUGAGAAAAUGUUUUUUCCACUGUCCCAGGGACUGUUCACAGACAGCUCUAACAUGAUGACCCUCACUGUGUGGGGGACAUUCAUCAGGGUGGCAUUUGAUAUGGGCUCUUCCCUGCCCCCUUAGCUUUCAGCAGGCAAAAACAUCCUGGGGCACCUUCCUUUCUUCUGUGGAGUGGCAUGUGGCCCCAGAUGUAGCUCUGCCAGCAUCACUGACGCUCUAAAGGGAGGGCCUAGGAGCGGCCAGUAUGUGGCAAGGAUUGAGGCAGCCUGUUAUCUGCACCACUUGACUUCCUGCUGAGAAGAGGGCCGUUAACCACACUCUCCCUUUCCUCUAAACAAACAGAAGCCACAGAAACUGCAGCUCCUUUAUUCAGGAACCAGAAAAGAGAAGGUAUCCUCCACCAUGGAUUCAGGCAGCUAUGUUGAAAUCAAUGAUACAAUAACCCAGAUACCCUCUAAAGUGCAGAUACAAGAUAUCACUAAGGAGCUACACUGCCCACUAUGUCAUGACUGGUUCCGUGAUCCACUGAUGCUAAGCUGUGGCCACAACUUCUGCCAGGUCUGUAUCCAAAACUUUUGGAAGCAGCAAGCAAAGGAGACCUUCUGUCCUGAGUGUAAGAUGCUAUGUCAAUAUAGCAACUGUACAUUCAACAUUGUAGUGGAGAAGCUGGUAGAGAAGAUUAAGAAGCUACCCCUACUCAAGGGCCAUCCACAGUGCCCAGAACAUGGCGAGAACCUGAAACUGUUCAGUAAGCUGGAUGGGAAACUGAUCUGCUUCCAAUGCAAGGAUGCUCGGUUGCCUGUGGGGCAGUCUAAGGAGUUCCUGCAGAUCUCUGAUGCUGUCCGUUUCUUCACGGAGGAGCUUACAGUCCGUCAGGGUCAACUGGAGGCAACCCUGAAGGAGCUUCAGUCCCUGAGGAAUGUGCAGAAAGAUGCUAUUGCUGCGAACAAGGAAAACAAGCUACAUCUGCAGCAACACAUCUCUCUGGAGUUUCUAAAGCUGCAUCAGUUCCUGCACAGCAAAGAAAAGGAGGUUUUAAAUGAGCUUCGAGAAGAGGGGAAAGCCCUGAAUGAGGAGAUGGAGCAGAAUCUGAACCAACUUCAGGAGCAGUGUCUCCUAACCAAGGAGAUGUUGGUGAGCAUCCAGGCCCGGAUGGAACAGCAGAACGCCUUCGAAUUUCUCAAAGACAUCACAACUCUCUUGGAGAGCUUGGAGCAAGGAAUGAGGGUGCUGGCACCCAGAGAACUUAUCUCCAGAAAGCUGAGCCUGGGCCAGUUCAAAGGUCCUAUCCAGUACAUAAUAUGGAAGGAAAUGCAGUCCACCCUCUCUCCAGGCCUAUCUCCAUUAACUCUGGACCCUAAAACAGCUCACCCAAAUCUGGUGCUCUCCAAAAAUCGAACCAGUGUGUGGCAUGGUGACAUUAAGCAGGUAAUGCCCGAUGAUCCAGAGCGGUUUGACUCAAGUGUAGCUGUGCUGGGCUCAAAAGGCUUCACAUCUGGAAAGUGGUACUGGGAAGUAGAAGUAGCAAAGAAGACAAAAUGGACAGUUGGAGUCGUCAGAGAAUCCAUUAUUCGGAAGGGCAGUUGCCCUCUAACUCCUGAGCAAGGAUUCUGGCUUAUAAGACUAAGGAACCGAACUGAUCUAAAGGCUCUGGAUUUGCCUUCUUGCAGUCUGAAACUGACUAACAACCUCAACAAAGUGGGCAUAUACUUGGACUAUGAAGGAGGGCAGGUGUCCUUCUAUAAUGCUAAAACCAUGACCCACAUUUACACCUUCAGUAGCACUUUCAUUGAGAAACUUUAUCCCUACUUCUGUCCCUGCCUGAAUGAUGGUGGAGAGAAUAAAGAACCAUUGCAGAUCUUACAUCCACAGUAAUUAGUCAUACUCUUAUAUUAAUUCAGAGUGUUAUUAAAGAAGGUAUUGAAAUACUUUA